AAGAAAGACGGCGAAACCGCACUCCACCACCAACCUACGAAGAAGUUUCAUCAAUGAUAAAUAUGAGUUGCCGUGAAUCUCCCACCGGUCAAAGGGAUCGAUCUGCAUCCCCAACCUGGAGAAAUCCCACCAGAAGAGACGAAACUACUAAUUGA